GCCAUACCCCUUUGUGCUGUUCUACUCCAAGUUCAACGGUGUUGAGAUGUGCGUGGAUGCCCGCACCUUCGGCUUGACAGGAGUUUGUUCCUUCCCUAGGCCAUACCCCUUUGUGCUGUUCUACUCCAAGUUCAACGGUGUUGAGAUGUGCGUGGAUGCCCGCACCUUCGGCAACGACGCCCGCUUCAUCAGGCGUUCCUGCACCCCCAAUGCGGAGGUCCGCCACGUGAUUGCCGACGGCAUGAUCCACCUGUGUAUCUACGCGCUUGCUGCCAUCGCCAAGGACACGGAGGUCACCAUCGCCUUUGACUACGAGUACAGCGUCUGCAACUAUAAGGUGGACUGUGCGUGUCAGAAGGGGAACAGGAAUUGCCCUGUACAGAAACGGCACCCAAGCGCUGCCGAGCACCCCGCACCCGGGCCAGGCCGGCUGAUGAUUGGGGCAGAGACCAGGCGCCGGAAAGCCCGUCGGAGGGAGCUGGAGCUAGAGCAGCAGGGCGCGGGGUCAGAUGAGAACAGCAGCCAGCGGGCCGAGGAUGCUCCAGAAGGACCUGCUGCAGCCAGCGACAAUGAGGCUGCGGAUACGGAAGAGAAGCCAGAGGAGGAGGGAGCGCACAGCAGACGGUCCCGGGAGGAGAGGAAGGUGGAAGCCAUCAUGCACAUGUUUGAAAGCUUGGAGAGGAGAAAGAGAAGGCGAGAGCAGCCCUCAGACCGGACCAGCUCAGAUGCCGAAUUCCUGGUUAACCCUGAGACUCCUGAGCUGGAGGAGGUGAAAAUGGAGACUCCAGACACUGAGGACAUCACUGCAGCGUUCAGUGGGGCUGCUGCGAGCACCCCGGCCAGCAGCAGCAAUGUUGGGGUGCAUACGCGGCGAUCCACACAGGCGCUGGACCCAGGCCCGGAGAAGGCCGCCGCGAAGCCUGCCCCCGCCAAGCCUGCCCGGCCCCGGCCCAGAAGUCGCUUCUCGCGCUAUCGGAGCAGCUCGGCCCAGAGGUUGAGGCGGCAGAAGCAGGCCGUGACCCAGCACGUCGAGCUCGCCCAGGCUGCCCCCGAGGAGGGACCCAACGUCAGCGCAGUGACUGCCGCGGAGGUCAGCAGCGUGGAGGGGCCAGGAGAAAGCAGGCCACUGCUGGGCUCUGACCUGCCUGUGGCGCUGCCUGCAGGCCCCCAGGUGAACCGGGCCACAGCCAAGUACCCCAAAACUAAAAAGUACCUGGUCACGGAAUGGCUGAAUGACAAGGCCGAGAAGCAGGACUGCCCGAUCGAGUGUCCUUUGCGGAUUACCACAGACCCAACCGUUUUGGCAACAACUCUCAACAUGUUGCCAGGUCUUCUCCACUCCCCGCUGAUCUGUACCACCCCCAAACACUACAUCCGCUUCGGCUCGCCUUUCGUCCCGGAGAGACGCCGAAGGCCCCUUCCGCUGGAUGGGCUCUACAGCUCCUGCAAAAAGCGUUGGAUGAAACAAGCCCUGGAGGAAGGGAUGGCUCAGACCUCGCCUGCUGCCCAGGACAGCAGACCCCAGUGUCUGUACCAAAGGAGCGAGAGCAGCAGCUCCUCCAGCAUCUGCAAGGACAGCGCAGACCUGCUGAGCCCCCUGAAGAAGUGGAAAUCUCGCUACCUGAUGGAGCAGAACGUGACCAAGCUGCUGAGGCCGCUCUCUCCCGUCACGCCUCCACCUCCUGGCUCCCUGAGCCCCCGGCUGCCAGGAGAGGAGGACUGGCGCAAUGGCUAUGGGGGGGUGUUCUCGCCGAUUCCCUCGCUGGCUGCGAGCCGCUGCAAUACGCCGCUGCAGUUUGAGAACGUAUCCUCCCCUGAGAGUUCCCCUGCGCAUAGGCCCGAGUCCCUGUCACCCGAGCUCUGCCUUCGGACGGACCUGGACUUGGGGAAGGCGGGCUGCCUGGAUUCCAGUGCUAACACCUGUCCAGAGAGACCAUCCCCGCUCAGCUCGGGCCUCCCGGAUCUGCCUCCACAGUCCUCCGUUCCCUUGGCAUCUGAGAGCAGCUUCCCAGGAAAGGCUGGAGAGGCACAGCUGCUGCUAAGAAGCUCUGAGCAGGCCUUCCGGACAGAGUUUAAUUUAAUGUAUGCCUUCUCCCCUUUGAACGCUAUGCCCCGUGCCGAUGGGUUGGUGCGGGCUAACCCUCAGGCAGGAGACAGGAAGCCACUGACUUCAGAAGGGGCAUGCUGCAUCUCUCCUGCAGACGGAUACUUCAGCAGACAUGAGCUGGGACUUCUUAAAGAGACAGUGCACGGAUCCAUGUCUCCUGCUGGCGAGAGGGUUGGUGAAGGAGUCAAAUCUACUCCCCAAAACCCACCACAAAGGAAGAAGGUUUCCCUGCUGGAGUAUCGCAAGCGAAAACAGGAAGCCAAGGAGGGAAGCGAUGCCGGGCGGUGCGCAGCAACUCCUGCCCGACCAGGCAGCCUCAGCUCUGGGCCUGAGACCGAUGCAAGCAGCAUGCAGGGCUCAGGAGUCCGAGCCCCCUCCUCACCCCCAAGUGGAUUCUCUCCCUCCCAUCCCCCCAUGCCUCACCUAGAGGAGAUCAGUCCGCCAGGGGCGCCUAGUUCCUCCGCCUCACACUGCAAAUCCCAGGAGAACAUCAGCAGCAGAUGGUGGUGAGUGUUCGCUUUCCUCACUCAGCUGUUGGGGCUUCAUAGGAAGCUGGUCAGACUCUGCAUGGUGGUGUGCAAAGGCCUUUUUCCCAUGACCCCCUGGCAUCCAGCACGCAGG